CUUCUUUCCCCUGUCCUAAAUUCCCAAACCUUGUCCCCCUUAUUUACAAACUCUUAAACUUUUUUCUCUCCCAAUGACGCCAAUCUAUCUCAACAAAACAACAUCUUCCUUUUUUCCUCCCCAUGAUCAAAACCCACAUGAUCAUAAUCUCCACCUAUCUGUCCCUACUUUCUCCAACCCAAAUCAAGAUCAGAGAUUCCAUGAUGAUGACAACAAGGGAAGUGAAAAUUACAUGACUAGAGAGGGAUCAAGUAUUGAUCAUGGUCAAGCAUGCUUGCCAUCUUCUUCAGUUCAGUCUGCUGUGGAUCAUAAAUUAUCAUCCUUUAGAAGCACUCACCAUGAAAUUAGUUCAUCAAAUAAUUGGAAUCGAUCAGCUGGAAAAUGGAUGUCAUCCAAGACGAGGCUAAUGCAUAGAAUGAUCAACUCCAACAGCCCUGGUACUGACAAAAACAACGAUAUUAGCACUACCAUUAGAGUCUGCUCUGCUUGCAACACAACCUCAACACCCCUUUGGAGAACCGGUCCUAGAGGUCCUAAGUCGCUCUGCAAUGCCUGUGGGAUCCGGCAAGGGAAGGCGAGGAGAGCCAUGGAAGCAGUAGCUGCAAGUGAUGGAGUUGCAGAUUCGGUUGCUGCAAGGAGGGUGAAGGUUAAGGCACAUGCUGGAAAGGAAAAGAAAUCUCGUAAACGCCAUGUUGGGCAACAUAAGAUACAGAAAUAUUACUUCAAGGCUGUGGAUUCGGGUUUGCAGGAUGUGUUUCCACUUCCACAUGAUGUGGAAGAUGCUGCAAUCCUGCUGAUGGAGCUUUCCUGUGGCCUCCUUAAUAGUCACAGUUGAUUCCUUAGACGAGUUGUACCAUUAAUUAAUCAUAAGACCUUAA